AUGACCAUGAUCCGUCUUCGCCCAACCCGAAUCGUCCCAAACCGCGACGACAUCCAUUACCACAUCGAGCAGAUCUUCGAUCGCCUAUACGAACGGCUCCGUGCAUUUGAGCCAGAAUGCUACGAUGACGAUUUUGGUGACGACCUUGGAUCCCUCAUCGAUGCAGACAUCUCGUCGUUCCGGUCAAGUCCAGCUGCUGACGAGGACUAUGACUCGGAAGCGAGCUCUGCAUUCGAUCUGGACUACGAGUACAAACGCUAUCCAUCUUCACAGCUCGAAGACUAUGGGAUAGACGAUGGGAUUCCUCUGUCGGAUUCUAGGGUAAUCGAGCAUCCUCAUCCUCGACAGUAUCCUAGAAGCGAGAUCUCUAACACGACAGACGAGGGCUCGUAUGGAAAUGGCUCGUAUGAAACGGCGAUAGAUUCGGGCGUUGGUAUGCAGGAGGAUGGUAUGGGCUUGGAUUUGCCGUCUAGUCGCAUGAACUAUGGAGAGUUGACCAGGGCUCCUCAUUCACCAGAGGAGAACCAAUCACCUCAGCCUUCAGACAAAGAAACGACCUCGAAACUCGAUCGUGAUUUAGACUCAAAGCUCGUUUCUUUCAAUGAAGCAAAGACUCGAUUAGUACAACUCGCCCCUUCAAUCCAUCAAGCUUUUCCCAAUCCUCGAGUCAACAAGAUGCCUGGAUCAAUUCAAGACGAACGAAAUAUGUCCCAGACUGAUAUCCAUAUGAGCGAUGCCCCCGAGCAUGAUAUCACUGAGAGCGGAAGUAACAACACCUCGUGCGUCUCAAGCACGGUCUCUCAGAACAGGGGCAAAAGAACCCGCACGUCUGCAGGCUCCCGUAUGUCUGCAGUUUCAAGCGACACCAAGUCUAAAAGACACAGCAGCCAGGUACCCUCUGAGGGUGAAACUUCGAGCUCUAUCAGCAAUAGAGGCGCACAUACCACCGGAGCCGCCAGCAUUCAAACGGGAAGAACGGUGUCUCAGUGGACAGAGCUAUCUCGUCCAGUUACCAGACGUACCAGUUGGCACCCCGUCAACGCGCCUCAGGGCCAGAGGGGAAGGCGACAACCGGCAAACAAGGGCCGAACCAACUCGAUAGGUCAAGGCACAACUCGCACGGCAAAAACCGCCCAGACCGACACGUCCAGCUUACGUCCCACUAGUACCCAAGGUUCAGCGCCUUUACUCUCGGACAAUGUUCAACGUCCGGCUACGAGCCCCCACGCCACUCCAGCUACUCAGGCCCGGCCCUCCACCGCGCAGCCCACCCUAACUGCAACUGCGCCUGCUCCUGCAGGAAUCAACAUGCCGCCCCAGACGGCCCUCAGCCCCGAAAAAUGGAAGCAUAUGAUGGAGGCCUCUCAGGUAUACCGGGAACAUGUCAACCAUAUGAUAACGGAGAUGGAAAAGGACGACGAUAAUGCGAAUGGAUUUGGAUUGGGUGAGUUGCGUCGGAGGCCGUUGGGUGAUAUGCUUGAUUGA